AUGGCACUAAGCAGUUUGAAAUCGAAUCUCCAAUUCGCUACACUGAAGACUCUGUCUUUGGUAUCCAUAACUGCGAUGUCGCCACAGCAAAGUGUGAAGGAAGUUUUAAGGACAGCGGACUGCGUGUGCUUCGAUGUUGAUUCGACGGUCAUAAGAGAUGAAGGCAUCGAUGAACUUGCUAGAUUUUGUGGAAAAGGCGAAGAGGUUAAGCGGCUAACAGCGGAAGCGAUGGGCGGCAACAUGACAUUUCAAGAGGCUCUUAAGAAAAGGCUAGAUAUAAUCAGACCCAGCGUUGGCCAAAUCAAAGAAUUCUUAGAGAAGUUCCCCAUUCAUCUCACACCAGGCAUCGCGGAGCUAGUGAAGCUGCUGCAAGAAAGGGGCGUGACAGUGUACCUGGUUUCAGGCGGUUUCAGGAGUCUCAUCGAUCCAGUCGCUGAUGUUCUCUCGAUACCCAGGAGUAACGUCUAUGCGAACAGGCUGAAGUUCUAUUUUAAUGGUGAAUAUGCCGGCUUUGACGAGAACGAGCCAACAUCGAGGUCUGGCGGCAAACCUUUGGUCAUUAGACGCUUGAAGGAACAAUUUGGUUAUCAGAAACUGGUGAUGGUUGGAGAUGGCGCCACUGAUGCAGAGGCGAGCCCGCCCGCGGAUGCGUUUAUUGGUUUCGGUGGCAACGUAGUUCGCGAAGAGGUGAAGAAGAGGGCGCCCUGGUACGUCCUAAGCUUCCAAGAGCUGAUAGACGCUCUCAAGGUCCAAAUUGAAAGAAAAAAUUAG